GGGCGCUCUGUAGUGGCUCCACUGCUAUGAACUACCUGGCCCACACCGCCCACGCCCAGCUCGGUGCCCUCUGGCUGGGUUGCGUUGGCUGGACGCUCACCGCCAUGGCUCUCGGACUCAUCCAGUGGAGGGUUUGGCAAGUGUCUGACAGGGAGGUCAUCAGCUCCGGAGUGGCCUGGGUGGGCAUCUGGCGGGCCUGCUUCCACAGCCACACCCUGGUGACCCCUGGCUUCAGGGUCAUGCACUGCAGGUACAUCAGCCUGGCCGAGGCCUUCACGCCUCCGGAGAUCGUGGCAGCUCAGGUUCUCAUGCUCCUGUCUCUGCUCGUGGGGCUGUGUGGCAACGCUGGCGGUGUUUAUGCCUUGAGGAACAUCUACUUUGGGACGGAGAGGAACUCCCCAAUCCGCUUGGCGUUCUUCACCACCGGCGUGCUGUGCCUGUUGGCCUCCGUGAUGUCACUCAUACCUCUCCUGUGGAACCUGAUCUCCGUGGUGACAAAUCAGACGAUAAAGUUCCCCCCUGAGUUUAACAUGCCCCAGGCUCCUGAUUCUCAACAUGUGGGGUGCGGCAUCAGGGUCGGGAUAGUGGGGACAGUCCUCAUGAUUGUCUCUGGGAUUAUUUUCUGUACGUACAGGUUACCCGUGAGGUCACAGCACCUGGGCGGGUCAUUAACUGCUCCAUCAGUGACUGACAGCAGGGGGGCUGCGGUGAAAGAUAAUCCAGCGUUUGAGUCUCACGAACACUCUCGUGAACUCACAGAGGAAAAUAAUACGAAUGACAACUUUCAUGUUUCAUUUGCAAAUUAAAGAAAGAAAAGUUGAAGAAGGUACUUUGUAAAUAAACUUCUGGUUAGUGAUCUGUUUUGCAGGAUUGAUUUGUUCAGUCACUGGUUGUUUACAGUCACUCAUCUAAUUUUAUUCUCUGGGGGAGGAUGAAUUGAAUGACUCAUCUCUUGAAGCAAACACACUUGAUGCCAAUGCCUUAGUGCCUCAGACUGCCUAAGUAAGUUUUGACGACAUUAAAAUGUCUAUGUUGCUCACUAUUUAUUGUUUUUAUGUACAGUGUGAUGUGAAAAAGAUAAUCUGAUAUUAAUGUACUGACUCACUCGUAAAGGAAUAAUGUGUUGGCCAUAAAAGAUCCAUAGAGAAAUAUAAGCAACGUUCUUACAAUAAUAUAAUUUACUCUUCCUCGCAUGUUUUCAAAUAUUCAACUUAACGCUGCAGUGUUGUUAUGAGUGAUGCACGACAUGCACAAUCAAAAACCUAAAAAUGUUUUAUGGCUAUUUGCUUCUACCUUUGUAAGUAACCUGAUAAUAUAGAUAAUAGUAAUAUGCAAAUAGGAUACCAGCUGUUUUAACCGAUGAGAGAAAGAUGUUGAAAUCAAAUGUAACAUAUCCGUUAAGGAUACUUAAACUGGUCACAUUUGCUAAACUUAAUUUUUUGGAUAUAUGAUGACGUGCAAAUUAACUGGUUAUAUUACUUAUUUAACAAAGUAAAAGGGCAGGUUGCAUACAAGAAUCUGUUUUUAUUUAACUAAGAGUUGCAUUUUGAGGGGUUAAAGGGGUUUUAAAUGGACUGUCUGUCACCACCCCCCUUCCCAAGGUUAUAUAACUCCGCCCCUCAGGCCUGGGAUUCUCUUUUCCCUCCAAAACACACCAGGCAGAACAAAGAGAGGACUCAUGUGAGUUUGAUUGGACUUUUUUUUACCUGUGUAUUACUUCUAUUUGGGUCACAUUGAAUGUUCUGUCUGAAAGUUUAAUAGUUUUGUUUAUGCUAAAUUCCAGAGUUCGAUCCUGUUAAUUAAAGAGGAAAUGAAGUGCAGAUUAAACCAAAUUUGAAUAUGCUGUUCAGAUCUGUGACAUUGUUCUUUAAAUAUUCUUUUUGUUUAGGCAAAAUCAUCCACCAUCCACUGUCCACCAACCAUCAGCAAAGUGUAAACCAUUUCCCUGCAUUGACGACAAUAAAAUGUUGAAAGGGCA